UAUGAGGCUACGAGGAAACCCAGGAGAAGAGAGGAGAAGAGUGCCCAGGUGUGUAAGGCAAAGAUAUAAAGAAGGGAACGCUCACAAUGCGACAUAAUACAGAACCUACCGUACUCACGUUCUCGUCAAACCGCACAUUUCUAUCUGCAACCCAACUCAUACCAUUUUAAAACAUUGUUUUUUUACCUACAUCUCAUCCAUCCACCAUGAAGAGCUUCCUCCUCCCCUUGGUGUUCGCAAUGGCAGUUGCCAUCCCCACACCCAAGCUGAACAAUUUCGAAUCCGACCCUCUCCUAAGCAUUGGGACCCCCGAUGAGUCGUCCUAUGCGACGAAGCGGGCUACCUUUGAAUCGGACCCAUUGCUCCAAGUUGGAACCCCGGACGAGUCCUCGUACGCGGUGAAGAGGGAGAAGUUCGAGUCCGACCCUCUGCUCCAGAUCGGGGUUGAGUCUGAAUCUUCCUACACUCAGUAGAGAAGAUCAUCGGUUUAGGAAUUCGGGCGCCAAGGUAUCAUGCAAUGGAAGUGUAGUUUGCUAUGGCUGAUGUUUACAUGUGGUUGGGUUACAUCUGGUUGUAUCUAUGGACGCUCGUUAUGUUCGACUCCAAAUUGCUCUAGCAAUAUUAUCCCGGAUGUUGAGUCUUUUGUUUCGCGCUGUGGUUUCACAGGAUGGGCAUAGUUACAUCUAAAUCUAUAUCUAUGUACUACCAGCCUGCCUACAUAAAUACUUACCUAGUAGGUUAGCCAGUUGCAUAAGAGCCAUUUAGGCAGACUCUAAGUGGC